AGUAAUGACGUCAGCUACAGGCGCUCAACGAUUUGAUUGGUGGAACACUUCUGAGAUCACAGUUUAACUUCCGUGUCACACAGCUAAAACAUGGCGGAUAAAGAUAAGAAGAAAAAGGAGAGCAUCUUCGACUUGUCAAAAUACAUUGACAAGUCGAUUCGUGUAAAGUUUCAAGGAGGACGAGAAGCUAGCGGGGUCCUGAAGGGUUUUGAUCCUCUGUUGAACCUGGUGCUUGAUGGCACAAUCGAGUACAUGCGUGAUCCAGAUGACCAGCUGAAGCUGACAGAAGACACCCGGCAGCUAGGGCUGGUGGUCUGUAGAGGAACCUCCGUAGUGCUAAUCUGCCCCCAGGACGGCAUGGAGGCUAUCCCAAACCCGUUCAUACAGCAACAGGAUGGCUAACACACAGCCUGCCGCUCGCUGAGUUACAUUCUCACACACAAAUACAACCAUGCACACACUUGAACAUUUUGUGGAGUUUUUUGUUUUUCAUUUUUCAAAAACAUAAAAGGUAAUAAUGCGUCCCACAAAGCAAAUUUGUUAAAAAUCAUAAGUUAACCAGCUAAAGGACACAUGAAAGCACUUCACUUUUUUCUGUCUGUGGUGUGCAAUUUUGC